AUGUCGACCGGAACGUUACAGCCCGGAACCAACGGAGCAGGCGAACCAGUCAAACCCCUAUACCCUGCUGCUGGACUUGGCGUAGAGUUGGAAGUCGGGACGCWGGUCUUCGAAAACCCAAUUGUUUCCAAGCGGUGGAAUAAUCGAGUAAGCGAAGCCGAUAAAGCACGUUACAGAGCUGGGGCGGACAAUGUGAAAGGCUUGGCUCUUACUUUGUAUAGACAUAAGAAGUCUCAAGAUAAAUCUCCGCCGGAUCGAGUCGCUCACCCAGAGGCCGACGAUCCAGGCGAAGCGAUCCCACAACCAGACGACAAUUACUGGGAUCUCACGGCCGAGCAUGGCGGCACCAGUUCUGACGAUCUCAAAUGCUUUGCAGUGCUCCAGGGCGAAUACAUCUUGAACGGGAAGCUCCUCAAAGUGAAGGAGGUGGAGAGAGCAGAAGAUGGAGGAUAUGUGGAGUCUAAACUCACACGCAUUGCGGACGAGAUCAUUGCUUUCCAGAAGAACAUCGCAUUGACUCGUGAAGAUGGGCAAGAUACGAAGUUCGAGCCAUUCCAGUACCUUACCGCCAGCUUGAAAGGGCCACUGAACGAGCUCCAGAGUGAGAUUUUCAGAGAUGUCGGCCGCUGGCGCGUCGAGAAAGCUCUUGCUAGACCUGUUGCGCAGGUGCAAGUCACAACCGCGAUGCCUAUUGAAUAUCUCAGUGAGCUACCGUCGGCACUUGGCAUGGCUGACUUCGAUAUAUUCAAACUCUUUGACUUGUCGGUGAAAGAAGAGCUACUAGCAAAAGUCACCUGCAGUACCUCGAAAUUGCGCAAUAUUGUGCUGCUCGACAUGAAUUACAAGGUCCCGGCCAAUUUCCUGGGAUUCAUCACGCUUUGCAGCAUCUACGCAUACCAAGCGGCUCGAAUCAAUCGAUUUGCUGGUCCAAAAGCGGUCUGCUCCCUUGUUCCUAGGAAUGACUUUAAUACACUUUUCGCCCAUGUCAAUGGUAAAGCCGUGAUGAAGGAGAAUUUCCAGACCGGCUACAAGUAUUCGCUCGCAAGAGUCAUCGCUAUCAACUUGGGUGAGCAUGUGAGCGUGCUAAAAGGCACGUUCAAAUGGGGAAAUGUCAAAGAAUUGUCCGUCUUCAAUUGGUUGGAAGCAAUCGGGAAAGAACAGGGCAAAGAUCGAUUAACAGUCACCGAUGGGGAAUCGGGGGAUGGCUCGAUCGGUCGGCUUGGCGAUUUGAUGGAAAGCAUCCAAGGUCAAGCAGACAAAGCUGUUCCAAUCUGGGAGUUUCGUGAAUUGGGCCCUGCAACAUUAAACGAGUGGGAUGGCAAACAGGACUGGUUGAAAMUCGGCAUUGCAGCAGUUCCGCUGAAGAAGAAGCUGGUGGAGCUCAACAACGUAUUCGCAUCUUUGAAACACUUCAAGGUUGAACCGGUAAAGGGGGGCACUGAGCCACAAAAACCUGUGGAGCGUAAUAAGGCGCUGGUUCCCAGACUACAUAUCUGA